GAGCAGAGGAAGCUCCGCCACACUCGAGGGCCGGCUGUGGGGAAGCCUGGCGGCCAGGCUCUGAGGCAGGCUCAGGGAGGGCCGGGCAGGUCGGUGCCGCCCCGGAAGGAAAGCAGGCAGGCACGGAGGCAGGCAGGAAGGGAGAAAGGAAGGAAAGCAGGCAGGCAGGGAGGGAGAAAGGAAGGAAAGCAGGCAGGCAGGGAGGGAGAAAGGAAGGAAAGCAGGCAGGCAGGCAGGCACCGUGCCGCAGCCAUGGUGGUGCUGAGCGCGGCGCGCUGGGUGCGCAGCCGCCUCUCGGAUCGCUUCUGGAGGGUGCAGGAGGUGCUCAAGUACGCGCGGCAUUUUCGUGGCAGGAAGAACCGCUGCUACAAGCUGGCAGUGAGGAGCGUCCGCAGGGCUUUCGUCAAGUCCACCAAGGCCAGGAGGGAGAAGAAAAGAUUCCUCAGAGCGCUCUGGAUCACAAGGAUUGAAGCAGCUUCCCUUGAACAUGGUUUGAAGUACCCAGCCUUCAUAAGCAACCUGGCCAAGUCGCAGGUGGAGCUGAACAGGAAAGUUCUGGCUGACUUGGCCAUUUAUGAGCCAAAGACAUUCAAAUCCCUGGCAGCUUUGGCCCAGAGGAGGAGACAGGAAGGGUUCCUGGCUGCCCUGGGAGAUGGAAAAGAACCAGAGGGGAUAUUUUCACGUAUUGUGCACCACCACUAUUGAUAUCAGAGCCUGUGUGUGUGUUUUAGAAGCAGGGAUUUGAUUGUGAAGCAAACCUGUUGUGUGACUGCUGCUGAAAAAUGGAAAAUGUGGAACAAAUCCUCUGAGGAUCGUGUGCGUGUGAAGCUUCUCCUUGAUGGCUUUUUCCCUGUGUUGUUGUCACUGAAACCUGUUAAAUUAAAAGCACACUUCAAGGUUAGCAGUCAGGCCAUACAGUGGCUUAAUAAAGGUAUUUUUUUGGUAACUGCUAGUAGAAAAUAAACUUAAUUUGUGUGGUGAAUUCUGAAUGGAGAGAACACUGGGAUGGGAGGGAAUGUUGACCCUCACAAGUGGAGCCUGGGAGUUAAGGAUACACAUAGUUUGUACUUCUAAAGAUUUAAUAAAGAGAUUUUUAUUGAAAACUGC